AUGAAUCGGAAUCAAACAAUUAAUUUCAAAAUGUUGACAACUUUAGAAAAAAUUGGUAUAGUUUGUAUAUCGAUUGUGGGUUUUCAAGUUACAAAAUUUGUGUUUAAUAUUUUAUAUAAAACAUUUAUUGGGCCACAAAUUGGACGAUUAAAUGUGAAUAAAUUAAAGGAUAUGGGAAAAUAUGCUUUAAUCACCGGAGCUACAGAUGGUGUAGGCAAAGCAUAUGCAGAAUUUUUAGCAUCCAAAGGAAUUAACAUAAUUUUAGUCAGUCGAACAUUGGAUAAAUUAAAGGAAGUUGCCAGUGAAAUAGAAUCAAAGUACAAGGUCGACGUAAAAGUAAUCCAAGCAGAUUUCACCGGCAAUGAAGACAUCUAUUCACAUAUCGAAAAACAAACAUUAGGUCUCGAAAUUGGUAUUCUAGUCAAUAAUGUUGGUAUGAGUUACGCUCAUCCCGAAUACUUUUUACAAGUACCCAAAGAACAUAAACUCUUCGAUAACCUAAUCAAAUGUAACAUCGUAUCUGUGAAUAAAAUGUGUGAAAUUGUGAUGCCCGGCAUGGUUGAACGUAAAAAGGGUGUAAUUAUCAAUAUUUCAUCAACCACUGCCCUAAUACCUAGUCCACUGUUAACAGUAUACGCUGCUACCAAAGCAUACGUUGAUAAAUUCUCAGCCGAUUUACAAACAGAAUACGCACGUCAAGGUAUUAUUGUACAAUGUGUGUUACCUGGUUUUGUUGCAACAAAAAUGUCCAAAAUUCGUUCUUCCACAUGGAUGGCACCAUCACCAAAAACAUUUGUUUCGCAUGCAAUUAAAACGGUCGGUGUUGAAGAGAAAACGACUGGAUAUUAUGCGCAUUCGUUACUUGUUGGAUUCAUUAAUACAUUGGAUAGUUUAUCGCCAAGAUUAUCCAGAUGGUUUAUUAUUCGUACCAUGGAGAAUUUACGUUCAAGAGCUACUCGACGUGCAGUUAGUUAAAUUUAAAGUUACCAAAACAUUAUAUAUAGCUUUAUUUCGAUAUUUUAAGUACAACGGUUUAUUAUUUAAUUUAAAAAUUUUUGGAUAAAAUUAUGUCGAUUUUAUAUUUAUCCACAGUUAUUUGUAUUUUCGAUUUAGAAAUAUUGCUGCAUUUCCCUUAACGAUAAAUUUUUUCGAUUUUGUUUCAUGGAUAAAGAUACGAAUUUAUGAACACGCUAAUCACAACGCACACAAAGCCAGUUUUAAUCUCUAUUUACAAAAUUUUUACUAGCUGGCAGAGCUUUUGCUGUUUCGGGUCUACGAGCACUAGUAAGAAACUCCGACCGAUUUAAUCCUAUUCAAACUCAUUCAAAAUUUUGAAUGAAUUUUAUUCGGAAUGGAUAGGAAAUUAGAUAUAUAGCUAAAGCAGAAAUCUGUGAUUAAUAAUCAUAACAAAUUGACAAGAGGAACAAAGCUCUCACAUUACCAAUACCAUUGUCAAGCCGAUAGUUUUAUUUGCUUAUGAAAAGUCUUAUUACGAGAAUAUUCUCCAAAAUGUAUCUUUCAACUCUGUUAACACAAUUCUUUAUAAAAACAGUGAAAAAAAAAGAUGUUUUAUAAGAUUUUUCUGGUUUUUUAUCGAUCGCUACUCAGUAAUAACAACGAACGAAAGAUACCUGCCGAAGUAAGAACAUAUAUAUUAAGGACAUGAAUGAUGUCGUUUCGUACUUUGUACUACGCAUCAAGCUGUCUAAAAGAUUGAAAGUGAUUUAUGUAUUGUAAGUUUUAUUUAACGUCUUAAGCUCAUGUUCACAUCGUUUAAAAAGAACAUUUCGUUACAUUAAUUUUCAGUUAUUACUGGAACUCUUGUUUUGCAGUGUUAGUAGUGACAUCUAGUGAAGUAGACUAGAAUUACAACAGAGUAAUAUACAAUUUAUCGUGUACUAUAAUGACGAAUAAAUUUUUUUCGUCGGAUUCUGCAAGAGGCCCUGCGGACCGCGAGGCCUUAGGCGAUCACCCGCACCUUACGCUACUACUGGAUAUAAUCUUGUAGCUUUACUCUCUUAUAAUAGAAUCAAUUUUCAGGAGAUAUCUCUGCUUUCGACUGUCAAAGUUUUUAAUGGUACCCUUUUUACUAUUUAUUAUUAUUAUGGCGUCUUCCUCGCAAAACAAAGAACCGAUUGGAAAAAAUGUAGACGUUAAAGCUGAAAAGGGAUUCGCCCAGGGGAUUGUAGAAUUUAUGUGUGUGCGCUGGAGCCAAUUCGUAUCUUGACGAUAAUUAAACAUUGUUAAUUAUAGCUACUUAACUCCGACUUACCCUUAAAUGACACCAAGUGCUUUCGUCACAAAGAAACCAAUUAAUUUUUAGGAUAAUUUAUUUUCGUUAUGUACGAAAACCUUUCUAUAAAAUCUUUUUUUUUUAUCAUUUUCAUAUUUGUGAAGUCACGUAAUUUGUAUGUAAUAAAGCAUAUAUGUUUUGUUAUUGUUACGUCACACUUAUAAUAUGUAGUCUUUUAUGUAAUAAAGCAUUUGUUUUGUUUGAUUUUAUUUUGUUUCGUUGU